AUGGAAGUUUUUCCAGCUUUAAGAGCUGUAGCUAUCCCAGUAUUCUUCAUCGUCUGUUCAAGUUGCUGGUGCGACAAAAUAGGGAGGAGACCGUCAGCAUCCCAAAUGUUGCCAGUUUUGGAGCUCAUGGAACCCAAAAGCUCGCUAUACGAUCCUCUACCUGAAGAUACGAAUUCAGAGAAAUUAAGAUUAAUACUUGGAAAAUUCUUCGAUUCUCAAGUAAUGAGCGAAUCAGAGCCAGAAGCAUACUCCUUAUAUCCAAAUGGAACGGUGAGGCUGAAACUAAAAAAAACAAGGUCAGGUUAUUUAAUACCCCAAGGUCAACCACCACGACACAUCCAAAGACUACAUCUUCAGAGCCUAAAGAUGGGUGAUGGUAAAAAAACCAACUUGAAACUUGGAAAGAAGGCUAAAAGAAGAUUCAGAGAUCUCUUGUGGCUGCAGAGUCAUUGUCCUCUUCUCCAGAAGUGGAAGGACAUGGGACCUCGUUUCUGGCCCCGAUGGUUUCGCGAGAACUCCUGCGCCCCUCGACCUACCUGUUCUUUCCCACGAGGUAUGGUUUGCCAACCACACAAAUCUACAGACAAAGUUUUGCUGAGGUGGCACUGCCAGAACUGGGAAGAGAAGAAAAACUGCGAUUGGCUGAAGGUACAGUACCCACUUGUCACAGAAUGCCGCUGUGGAUGCUAA